AUGAAUUAAUUGAUUUUUGCAAAUUAUGGUAUAAGUACCAUCCAAAACUAAACACAAUAGUAUUUACUAUUAAUUAAAAUAUCCACCAUAUCAUUAAAAACCCUUCAACUUUUAAAUCUAAAUUACAAAUAUAGAAAAUAAUUUCAUUGCUAUAUUUUAUCCCAUAAUGUUAAAAUUUAGCAAAAAAAGAACCAAAGUUGCAUAUAAUUGUUAGAAUAACAAUUAGAAUUAAGUAUUUAUUAAAUUGUUUUUUUAUUUAACGUUGUUUUACAAUUAUUCCAUAGAUUGCAUGACAAGAUAAAAAAGAUAAUAAUGAACUAGAAAACCAAGAAAUAUUAUUAGUGA